AUGCCUCCUUCGCCAGAGGAUUUUCAGUAUGAGAUGAACAUAGUGCUGAGCGAAUCUGUUGAACCAUUGCUUGAAGAGUCGAUGAGCCAGUGGAGGGUCUUUGGGUGCCAACGCCCACGAGAACCGCCAUAUUUUUAUGAAGAUGGUCUCCUGCUAGAGAUGAAUCUUGUUGCUGGAGUAUUUGAGUGUGGCAGCUCCUGCGGCAAAGAGUGUGCCUCGAAUCGCGUCGUUGCAAAGGGCAUAUGCUACCCUCUGGAGAUUUUCUACACGGGCAAGAGCAAAGGGUGGGGCGUCAGGUGCAGUGCGGACAUCCCUGCAGGGGCCUUUGUGUGCAAGUACACAGGGGAGCUGCGCACCGACGUUGAAGCCGAGGAGAUGGAAAAUGAUGAGUACUUGUUCGAUUUAUCAAACUUCAUAAAAAUGAGGAAAAAGUAUUUGAAGGGCACUCUGGACACGGGGGAUGAGAUUGUUCCUUUGCCUUUCUCUGAUGAUGAAUUGCGGAAGGAUGACUACCAUGGCCGAUAUCUAGUUAUCGACGGUCGUUGUAAAGGCAAUGUUUCGCGCUUCAUUAACCAUGCCUGUGGCGAGAAGAUCAAUCUCGUCGGCCAACCCGUGCUGACGCCACCCUUUUCCAAUGGUCUGUUCUACGACAUUGCAUUCUUUGCGAUUCGUCACAUACCCGCCUACGAAGAGCUCACCUACGAUUAUGGCUACUUGAAGGGGGACGUCAAUAACCGGCAGUUGGAAUGUCAUUGCGGGGCAAGAGACUGCAAGAAAUGGCUUCUCUAG